ACUGCCUCCUGGACCAAAGCCUCCUGGACGCCCUCAGAGCUCGCCGGUGGGCUCUCGUGGUCCACCCCGACAGCCUCGGGCGUGCGACUGCCCGACCUCGCUCUGACACGGACCAGGCCUGCAGCAGACGCUACGAUCAACUGCAGCCGCUGCGCACGGACGUGGUCACGGCGGACUUUGUCUACGUUCGCCUCCACGGCGACAACGACGAGCACACCUACCGGUACAGCGAGGAGGAGCUGA